GGAAAGGAGAAGAUGAGUGGGGAGAGAAACACAUGCAUCAAUACAUAAUAUCAUAAUCAUUUCACUUAAAUUGAAAUCAUGUCCUCUAAAUUAUAAUUUAGUUAAAAAUUAUAUUUGGGAGCGAGAAGUCCAGCUUGAGAGUGGGGGCCUUCGUGUGGAGCGCAAUGAAAGAGCGAUUUAAAAAUGGGUGAUGUUGAGAAAGGCAAGAAGAUUUUUGUUCAGAAGUGCGCCCAGUGCCAUACUGUGGAAAAGGGAGGCAAGCACAAGACUGGGCCAAAUUUCCAUGGUCUGUUUGGGCAAAAGACAGGUCAGGGCCCUGGAUUUUCUUACACCGAUGCCAACAAGAACAAAGACAUCACCUGGGGAGAGGCUACACUGAUGGAGUAUCUGGAGAAUCCCAAGUACAUCCCUGGAACAAAAAUGAUCUUCGUUGGCAUUAAGAAGAGUGCAGAAAGGGCAGAAUUAAUAGCUUAUCUCAAAAAAAGCCACUAAUGAGUAAUAGUUGGCCACUGCCUUAUUUAUUACAAAUGUCUCAUGACUUUUUUUAUGUGUACCAUAUUUAAAUUGAUCUCAUACACCAGAAUUCAGAUCAUGAAUGACCGGCUGACAGAGCAUUUCUUUUGGGCAGUAGUGAUUUAAAUAGAUUGGCUUGUGGUUAAAGGAACAUGGUCAGCUUUUUGAACUUUGAUGUUAAUAUCACUGAUUUCCCCUUCUAAAAAUAAGAUUGGUCUUGAUUCGUAAGGUUCAACUUUUCACAGAGAUGAUGAGUGCCAUCUCAAAACCUGUAGGAGCUUGGUUUUACAUUUAGAUUUAUAGAAUUGGUUGUAUUAAUAUGUUUAAAUACUGAGGAAAUCCCUUCACUGUCUCUUAGAACAGGAAGACUGACUUGUGUUUCAAGUUGUGUUCAUUAGCCUGUUAAAAGGCAAGGUCUGAAGAUAAGCUGGCAGUGUCCAUUUUAUCUUUUUGGUCUUAACUAUGCCAAUUUAAUUAAAAUUCCCUAUAUCUAAACUGUUGCCUUUUACUGAAUGAAAGGCAUUGUAGUGUAGUUUGUGUAUAAUACCAAAUAAAGAAUAUUUAACACCUCACAUUUUAUAGAGGAUCUAUAAGGUCAGAUGCUUUUAAAAUUCAGCAUGACAAGAUAAAGUAGCAAACUUUGUGAAUUCUUCAAGUCAGACUAAGUUAUAAUUCAAGACUGUCUUAAACAGCUCUUCAAAAGCAACUGUAGAAUUGCUAUAUAUGUGUGAUUGGUAUUGGUGCUUUUGCCAGCUCACUAGAAGGAUUAAAGUAGAGGAGAAGAGAUCAUCAGCACAAAAUUGUAAAUUAUGUGAUCAUAAGCUGAAGAUAAAAACAAAAUCACAGAAAAAAAUUAUAUUUGGAAGAUCCAAAUGUACGCAUGUAAUUCUAAUUUAUACAUAGAGGUCAAUGUAAAUUACACCAAUAUUUACUAGGCACCUACUAUAUAUACCAGACAUAAUGCUAAACAGCAGGUGUAAAAUACAGCAAUAUUUUUAAUACUAUCUAUUCACAUAAUUUUAAGUAAUAAUCAAAAUGUUUAAUCAAUACA